CUCCUGUACAUAUGGUAUUAAUGUGACUGGUCUAGUUGAGUUCAUGGUAAUGACUUCCUUAGGGUUUUGGUGGUGGAGGAGCCAGCGAUGAUAAUGUCCGAGAAUCCAUGAGGAUCAGCGUUAUUUUUUGAUGGAGACGGCCAAUGUGGCACAGCUGAGCUUGUGGACUAUUUCAAAAAGCAAAUGAAGGAGAAUGAAGAUGUGGCUUCUGCAGUUGCCGCAAUCCGUACCUUGCUGGAGUUUUUGAAGAGAGAUAGAGGUGAGACCAUUCAAGGGCUGAGAGAGAAUCUGAAGGAAGCCAUUAAAAUCCUGAGCAGUGUAGAGUCGUCAGUGGCAGUAUCGUCAGGUGGCGAACUCUUCCUCCGCUUCAUCAGUCUUACGUCGCUGGAACACCCGGAUUACUCAAUAUGCAAAAAGACGAUGAUAGACAGAGGGGAGCUUUACUUGGAAAAAAUUUCUGUUUCAAGGGAUAAGAUUGCAAACCUGUGUUCUGCCUUUAUAAACGAUGGCGCAAAAAUCUUGACCCACUCUUCCUCACGAGUGGUCCUGCGAGUGCUGGAGAAAGCGGCCAAGGCCAAGAAACGCUUCAGUGUCUACAUCACAGAAUCGCAACCUGAUUCUUCAGGACUUAAAAGUGCAGAAAGACUGAGGAGGUUGAACAUCCCAGUGACGGUGAUCUUGGAUGCUUCAGUUGGGUACAUUAUGGAGAAGGUGGAUCUGCUGUUGGUUGGAGCGGAGGGAGUGGUAGAAAGUGGCGGAAUUAUUAACAAGAUUGGAACAUACCAAAUGGCAGUAUGUGGAAAAUCACACAACAAACCCUUCUACGUGGUGGCUGAGAGUUUCAAAUUCGUCCGGCUUUACCCCCUCAAUCAGCAAGAUGUCCCUGAUCGCUUUAAGUACACAGCAGAGAUAUUAAAAUCGGCAAAGAACCUUGCAGAAGAGCAUCCCACGGUGGACUACACCCCGCCAUCGUUCAUUACCCUAUUGUUCACCGAUCUGGGUGUUCUCACACCUUCGGCUGUUAGUGAUGAACUAAUUAAACUGUAUUUGUAACAGUGUGUCUGCUUCUUUCUAAACCAGGCAGUGAUACAAUCAUUCGGCAGCACAAAGUGGUUAUUUCAAUUAGCUCAGGUAUUCCCAGCCUGGGGUCCACAGCAUAAAGAAGGCUGGGAACCCUUGAAUUAGCUGGAAAAAUUGAACGUUUAAUAAAUGAAGGUGAGAUCUCAGACAAUUGGCUACAAAACUAGCAUUUGGGUGCAAGUGAGUAUUGUCUUUCAGACUGGAAACUUGUGGCCAGUGGUGUGCUCCACGGAUCAGUGUUGGGUCCACUGUUCUGCAGAUAUGUUAACAUUUUGGGU